UACUUAGUAUAAAUUAUACAAAGAACAUUCAUUGAUAUUUUCAGUACAUGAAUUAAUAAGAUGUCAACCCUUACAUUGUUCCCUCCACAUUCUCUUUGAAACAGUCAAUAAUAUCCAAUCAUGCAUGUCUGUUCUGAUCAUAAGUGCAAAAUCGUAUGCAUAGAAAAUUGAGAGUUGAGUUAGAGUCAUUUUCUAUAUAUUAAAAAUUCAAUAGAAUGUGUGACAUUACUUUCAAGAAAGAAAAAAUUGUACUACAUAAGAAUCUAUUUUAUUUUAUUUUUUCUGAUUUGAGUUAAUUUCUUUUUAUGCUUCUUGAUUUCUCUCACUUAUUGAUUCAAUGAAGCUCAAAAAUAAGUUCAUAUUGUUGAUUCUAUUUCUGCAUUGUGUUAUUUUCAAUGUUGAAUCAAAGUGUGUGAAAGGGUGUGAUGUAGCUUUAGCUUCAUACUAUAUCAUGCCUUUAGUACAACUCUCAAAUAUAACAACAUUUAUGCAAUCAAAGAUUGUUAAAAAUUCUCCUAAAGUUAUAAUGAGCUAUAAUAAAGACAUAGUAUUUAGUAAUGAUAAUCUAUUUUCAUAUUUUAGAAUCAACAUUCCAUUCCCAUGUGAAUGUAUUGGAGGCGAAUUUCUCGGUCAUGUGUUUGAGUAUUCUUCUUCUGAAGGAGAUACUUACGAUUUGAUUGCGAAUACUUAUUAUGCAAGUUUGACAACUGUUGAGGUUUUGAAAAAGUUCAAUAGUUAUGAUCCAAAUCAUAUACCUGUUAAGGCUAAGGUUAAUGUUACUGUAAAUUGUUCUUGUGGGAAUAGUCAGAUUUCAAAAGAUUAUGGCUUGUUUAUUACUUAUCCACUAAGGGCUAGGGAUAAUCUUCAAAAGAUUGCAAGUGAUUCUGAACUUGAUGAAGGGUUGAUACAGAGUUUCAAUUCUGGUGUCAAUUUUAGCAAAGGGAGUGGGAUUGUGUUCAUUCCAGGAAGAGAUCAAAAUGGAGAUUAUGUUCCCUUGUAUCCUAGAACAGGUCUUGCUAAAGGUGCAGCUAUUGGUAUAACUAUAGCAGGAAUAUUUGGACUUCUAUUAAUAGUUAUUUGUAUAUAUGUCAAAUACUUCCAAAAGAAGGAAGAAGAGAAAGUUAAACUUCCACAAACUUCUAUUGCACUUUCAACUCAAGAUGGUAAUGCCUCUGGUAGUGGAGAAUAUGAAACAUCAGGAUCCAGUGUGCCUGGUACUGGUAGUACUGCUGGUCUUACGGGCAUUAUGGUCGCAAAGUCAACAGAAUUUUCGUAUCAAGAACUAGCUAAAGCUACAAAUAACUUCAGCUUGGAGCAUAAAAUUGGUCAAGGUGGAUUUGGAGCUGUCUAUUAUGCAGAACUUAGAGGCGAGAAAACAGCGAUUAAGAAGAUGGACGUACAAGCGUCGACAGAAUUUCUUUGUGAGUUGAAAGUCUUAACACAUGUUCAUCACUUGAAUCUGGUGAGGUUGAUUGGAUAUUGCGUCGAGGGGUCACUUUUCCUUGUAUAUGAACAUAUUGACAAUGGAAACUUGGGUGAAUACUUGCAUGGUAUAGGCAGAGAACCAUUACCAUGGUCUAGCAGAGUGCAAAUUGCUCUUGAUUCAGCAAGAGGUCUUGAAUACAUUCAUGAACACACUGUACCUGUGUAUAUCCAUCGCGAUGUAAAAUCCGCAAAUAUAUUGAUAGACAAAAACUUACGCGGAAAGGUCGCGGAUUUUGGCUUGACCAAACUUAUUGAAGUUGGAAACUCCACACUUCACACUCGUCUCGUUGGAACUUUUGGUUACAUGCCACCUGAAUAUGCUCAAUAUGGUGAUGUAUCUCCAAAAAUAGAUGUGUAUGCUUUCGGAGUUGUUCUUUAUGAACUUAUAUCUGCAAAGAAUGCUAUUCUAAAGACAGGUGAAUCUGUUGCUGAAUCAAAGGGUCUUGUAGUCUUGUUCGAAGAAGCACUUAAUCAGAUUGAUCCUUUAGAAGGUAUUCGCAAAUUGGUCGAUCCUAGGCUGAAAGAGAACUAUCCAAUUGAUUCUGUUCUAAAGAUGGUUGAACUUGCAAGAGGAUGUACAAGAGACAAUCCACUACUACGUCCAAGUAUGAGAUCUAUAGUUGUUGCUCUUAUGACACUUUCAUCACCAACUGAAGAUUGUUAUUAUGACACUUCCUAUGAAAAUCAAUCUCUCAUAAAUAUACUCUCACUCAGAUGAACGUUUUGUUUUGUGUUCAAAUUUCAUUUCCCAAAAAUUCAGAAUGUCCUAGAUCUCAAGAAGACAUGGUGUAAUUAUUUUUUGUGAAGUAGUAAACACUAAAGUAAUUCAAAUUUAUUUGUAAGUUUUUUUUUUAAUGAAAUAUACUAGUACAAUAUUUGUUUGUUUUUUAA